GGACUAAAUCAGACCGGACUAAAUCAUUUCGUUGGCAGGACCCGGGACCAACGAACGACGGACAUGAUCUGAUGUCGACAACCUCGUGCCUGUUGAACCUCCUCUAGAUACCCUACUAGCAAGAUGGACAAGUCUCGAAGUUUCAGCUUCCUGAAGCUAGAUCGCAUGAAAGUACAGCCACCGAUAACCACCAACUCCGUCAAGAACUUCGACCCGAAAGUCAUUCAAUCCGACGCAGAAAACACUUCCAUCACCGUGCACUCCACCUUUCCAGACUUCGCACGUCGCUUUGUCACGCACAAGAUUCAGCAUGGCUCAACGAUCGAGAAAGCAUUAUAUCGUGAUAUGACGUGGCCGGCUCUCACGCGAAGACUCAUCGAGAAGCGGCCUUUGGUCUUUAUGGGAGCUUCGGAUCACACAAGACUUCGAAAUGGCAGAUAUAUUUCUGGAAACGCGAAUUUGGAAUGGGACCGGAAUGGUACUGAUGAGCAGCACUUGAAUAAGGUUUUGCAAAUUGAGGACUAUCUGACUUACGAUGAAAUAAUGCUUGGGUCUUUGAUUGGUGUUUCUGGACCUUCGUAUUUCAUUAAUCAGGGUGGGAGGUAUAACAGUGGGAAGUUGCAACAGAAGGAUACGUUUGAGGAGAGAGGCAUCAUCAUCGGACUUGUGGGACCACGAUUCGAAAGAGAUGAUCGCAUGGACUCGGCUUUCAUGUAUGACCCGGUCAGCAAACCUAGAAUGCACCCUCAGUUGCACUUCAUAUUCCGCGAUGCACUGGAUCAGCACCACAAUCACGGUCUGGAUCCGAAGCAUACCGUGACCGACUAUUAUUAUCUACGAAUCUUCUACACAGCCUCAUUGCUGUUCCACGAGGCCAAUCGUCGAGCCAAAUCCGAUACAAGACGCCGCCACGCACAUGUGUACGUUGUUGGCUUGGGCCUUGGAGUCUGGGCACCAGUAGAUCGAGAUGUGACAGAGCUCUAUAUGAACGCUUUCACUAUGGCCAUUCGUCGACUGCCAAAGGACCACAAGAUCGCAACUGUUGAGUUUGCGUACAUCUCUGGGUUCCAGGACGCGGAGAAACAAAAGAGCAUACAAUCCAUUGGGCAAGCAGUGAGUGUCGAUGUUCGUUUCACCAAGAGAGAUCCUGCGGAGUUGUUGAAAGGUGACGAUUCUGGCAAGCUUCUCGUGUUGAGUUAUGCUUGGGAUGGAAACUCCUUCCCAGGGAACGAGUACUGGGAUGGCAGUCUGAGCGCAUCCGGCGAUCCUGCAGCUGCUUGCAUGAGUACUAUCUCGCAACUGCAUAAUCCCAUCACGAAUCCAGGGCUUUUGGAGAAGUGGGUUCAGGUGGUCGAAUAG